ACUUUGCGUCCCUUGACGCUUGCGCAAAGGCGAGAAGGUAGUUCCGGUUCCGGGGUGGCUCUUGUUCCUGGCGUUCAGUUGUCGCGGUUGUUGGGCAGUAACAGAAGCAAGAUGCUGCGGAAUCUGUUGGCUCUCCGUCAAAUUGCCCAGAGGACCAUAAGCACUGCUUCACGCAGACACUUUGAAAAUAAAGUUCCAGAGAAACAAAAGCUAUUUCAGGAGGAUAAUGGAAUUCCAGUGCAUCUAAAGGGUGGGGCAGCUGAUGCCCUCCUGUAUAGAGCCACCUUGGUUCUUACAGUUGGUGGGACAGCAUAUGCCAUAUAUCAGCUGGCUGUGGCUUCAUUUCCCAAGAAGCAGGAUUGACUUCAAUUUAUCCUUCCAGCAGUUGGUUCAGUUUAAUUCAGUGCUCUAUGGACCAGUAAUCUGAUAAAUUACAGCUCUUUUUGCGGGAUCAAUACUUAUUGACUUGUACUAACUGCCACCAAUAAAGCAGCCUUUACCAUG